CGGAACCUGGUGCAGCUUUGCGUGGCUGCAGGCGAGGUGGUGUCUUCGGACCUGGUGAGACCGAAGCGCUGCUCGGUGGGUUCUCGGCUAGGUCGUCUCCUGUCCCUCCCGGCCCCGCCAUGGCGACGUACACCUGCAUCACCUGCCGGGUGGCGUUCCGCGACGCGGAGAUGCAGCGGGCGCACUACAAGACGGACUGGCACCGCUACAACCUGCGGCGCAAGGUGGCCGACAUGGACCCGGUGACCGCCGAAGGCUUCCAGGAGCGGGUGCGAGCUCAGCGGGCGGUGGCGGAGGAGGAGAGCAAGGGCACGGCCACCUACUGCACCGUGUGCAGCAAGAAGUUCGCCACGUUCAAGGCCUACGAGAACCACCUCAAAUCGCGGCGGCACGUGGAGCUGGAGAAGAAGGCGGUGAGGGCGGUGAGCCGGCAAGUGGAGAUGCUCAACCAGAAAAACCUGGAGAAGGGCCUGGGCACCGACAGCGUGGGCAAGGAUGCCAUGAACGCGGCCAUCCAGCAGGCCAUCAAAGCCCAGCCGUCCACGUCCCCCAAGAAAGUGCCCUCCGUGCCCGCGGAAGGGUCCCCGAGGACGGCGGGACGGCGGGGCGCUCAGGAUCGGGACCCCGCGGAGAAGCCUCCCCGGCUGCAGUGGUUCGAGCAGCAGGCGAGGAAGUUAGCGAAGCAGCAGUGGGAGGAGAGUGAGCAGGAGGAAGAGGAUGAGGACGAAGAGGAAGAUUGGGAAGAUAUUGAUUCAGAUGAUGGUUUGGAAUGUGAGAACCCUGGACUGGAUGAAGAGGAUGCAGAAGAUGCAGAAGAUGCAGAAGCUGGGGAGAGCCCGCCCCCGGGUGCCAUCCCAGUAACAGACUGCUUAUUUUGUUCCCACCACUCAAGCUCCCUCAUGAAGAAUGUGGCUCAUAUGACUAAAAUCCACAGUUUCUUUAUUCCUGAUAUAGAAUAUCUUUCAGAUCUGAAAGGACUCAUUAAAUAUUUGGGAGAGAAAGUCGGUGUUGGCAAGAUUUGCUUGUGGUGCAAUGAGAAAGGGAAAUCCUUCUACUCCACAGAAGCAGUGCAGGCACACAUGAAUGACAAGAGCCACUGCAAGCUCUUCACAGAUGGUGACGCGGCUUUGGAGUUCGCAGACUUCUAUGACUUUAGGAGUAGCUACCCAGACUACGAGGAGGGGCAGGACCCUGGUGAGAUUGAGGAGCUGUCCUCAGAAAAGACCUUGGAAUGUGAUGAUGAAACCAUGGAGCUGAUACUUCCUUCUGGUGCCAGAGUGGGUCAUCGCUCCUUAAUGAGAUACUACAAACAACGAUUUGGCUUGCCAAGAGCUGUGACAGUUGCUAGAAACCAGAAGGCUGUGGGCAGGGUACUCCAGCAAUACCGAGCCCUGGGCUGGACAGGCAGCACAGGAGCAGCUCUCAUGCGUGAGCGGGACAUGCAGUAUGUUCAAAGGAUGAAGUCGAAGUGGAUGCUGAAGACGGGGAUGAAGAACAAUGCUACUAAGCAGAUGCACUUCAGGGCUCAAGUGCGGUUCUGAGAGGCUGAGACCAGAGAUGCAUCUCUGACUGCACUUUCCUUCUUGUUCGAGGACCAGUGAAGCCAGAUUGUGGAAUUGAUCUUUUGCUGCUACUUCAUUUGUUCUGAUCUAAUAAAGUCAGAAUCAUGU